GUACUGUCCAAUGGGUGAUGGUCUGUACCCCACUUCCGGCCCGCCCCUCGCCUGCGGCUGGGGAGGGCCGGCCCGCUAACCCAGCAGGAGAGGAGCAUCUGGCUCAAGCCGGGCCAGGCGGCGCCGGGCCAGCCCCCGGCACCAUGCCCACGUCUGUGCUGUGGGCCGUGGACCUCUUCGGCAGGGUCUACACCCUGUCCACAGCUGGCCAGUACUGGGAGCUGUGCAGAGACACCCAGCUGGAGUUCAAGCGGGUCAGCGCGGCCACGCAGUGCUGCUGGGGCAUUGCCUGUGACAACCAGGUCUACCUGUACAUGUGCGCCAGCGACGUUUCCAUCCGCUGCCGAGAGGAGGCCUAUGAGAACCAGCGCUGGAACCCCAUGGGUGGCUUCUGUGAGAAGCUCCUGCCGAGUGACCGCUGGGCGUGGAGCGACGUGAGUGGGCUCCAGCACCGGCCGCUGGAUGGGGUGGCGCUGCCGUCCCCACACUGGGAGUGGGAGUCGGACUGGUACGUGGAUGAGAAUUUUGGAGGGGAACCCACCGAGAAAGGGGGAUGGACCUAUGCCAUCGAUUUCCCUGCCACCUACACAAGAGACAAGAAGUGGAACUCGUGUGUGCGGCGGCGGAAGUGGAUCCGAUACCGGAGAUACAAGUCCCGGGAUGCCUGGGCCAAGAUCCCCUCAAAGGAUGACGUCAAGGAUCUGCCUGACCCCUUCAAUGACCUCUCUGUGGGUGGUUGGGAGAUCACAGAGGAGCCCGUGGGCCGCUUGUCAGUGUGGGCUGUGUCUCUGCAGGGAAAGGUGUGGUACAGGGAGGAUGUCAGCCACCCCAACCCGGAAGGGUCAUCAUGGUCUCUGGUGGACACGCCCGGGGAGGCUGUCCAGAUCAGUUGCGGGCCCCAUGACCUCCUGUGGGUCACCCUCUGGGAGGGGCAAGCCUUGGUCCGGGAAGGGAUCAACAGGAACAACCCCAAAGGCAGUUCGUGGUCCGUGGUGGAGCCUCCUGGGUCUGAGAACGGGAUCAUGCACGUCUCGGCUGGAGUGAGCGUGGUCUGGGCUGUCACCAAGGACCGGAAAGUGUGGUUCCGAAGAGGCGUCAACUCACACAAUCCCGGUGGCACCAGCUGGAUCGAGAUGGUUGGGGAAAUGACGAUGGUGAACGUGGGGCUAAAUGACCAGGUCUGGGGCAUCGGUGCUGAGGAGCGAGCUGUAUACUUCCGGCAGGGCGUCACCCCAAGUGAGCUCAGUGGCAAGACCUGGAAAGCCAUCGUCGCAGGCAGAGAGAGUGACAGAUCGCACACUGGCAGCUCGUCGAGCCUUCUCAGCGCUGGCUGCUUCUUUGGUGAUGAGGUGAAGGGCAAUAGCGAGUCUGCACCCAGCGACACUGACACCACCUCCGAAGCAGAGAGAUCCGGGCCUGAGCACUCUGCCCCUCAAGAGCCUCUGGACAGUUCCAGGGACCACAAAGACAACUCAGCCCUGGGCCCUGAGACUGAAGGGACUGCAGAGUGUAUCUUAGAGAACACCUGUCCUGAUGUAGAAGGAAAGGAGGCCGCUCAGGCCUCUGUCACCAGUGAGCACCCCAACCUGGCCUCCGCCCCGGCUGAGCUACCCUGGACCAAUAUUGACCUGAAGGAGCCCAGGAAGGUGCCCAGCCACUCUGCUGCAGGCUUUGCUGAGACUGUGGGCCUCUCCUCCCUAGGGCUUUUCCCUCUAGGCCUGGAUGAGCCCUUUGGGGCGGAUGACCACCCACUGUGGGCCUGGGUGUCCGGGGGUGGCUGUGCAGUGGAGGCUGGUUCUGCGCUCAAGUGGUUCACUGUCCAGUCGGGCCUGUCUCCCUCAGUGCAGACCCUGUCCCUGUCCAUCUCACCGGCCCAGACUGCCGCCUGGAGGAAGCAGAUCUUCCAGCAGCUCACAGAGAGGACCAAGCGGGAGCUGGAGAACUUCAGGCACUAUGAGCAAGCUGUGGAGCAGUCUGUGUGGGUGAAGACCGGAACCCUGCAGUGGUGGUGCGAUUGGAAGCCCCACAAGUGGGUGGAUGUCCGCGUGGCUCUGGAGCAGUUCACCGGCCACGACGGGGCCCGUGACAGCAUCCUCUUCGUCUACUACAUAGUCCAUGAGGAGAAGAAGUACUUCCACGUGUUCCUCAACGAGGUGACGGUGCUGGUCCCAGUGCUUAACGAGGCCAAGCACUCCUUUGCCCUGUACACCGCAGAGAGGACUCGGCAGAGGUGGCCUGUGCGCCUGGCCGCUGCCACGGAGCAGGACAUGAACGACUGGCUCGCUCUGCUCAGCCUGAGCUGCUGUGAGAGCCGGAAGAUCCACGGCCGCCCAUCCCCGCAGGCCAUCUGGUCUGUCACCUGCAAGGGAGACAUCUUUGUGAGUGAGCCCAGCUCAGACCUGGAGGCCCAGGACCACCUGCUGCCCUGUGACCAGAUGUUCUGGCGGCAAAUGGGAGGUCACCUGCGGAUGGUGGAAGCCAACAGCCGCGGCGUGGUGUGGGGCAUCGGCUACGACCACACGGCCUGGGUGUACACAGGCGGCUAUGGUGGAGGCUGCUUCCAAGGCCUGGCCAGCAGCACUAGCAACAUCUACACACAGUCAGAUGUGAAGAGCAUCUGCAUCUAUGAGAACCAGCGCUGGAACCCCGUCACGGGCUACACCAGCAGGGGCCUACCCACUGACCGGUACAUGUGGAGCGAUGCCACAGGGCUGCAGGAGUGCACUAAGGCCAGCACAAAGCCCCCGUCCCUACAGUGGACCUGGGUUUCAGACUGGUAUGUGGACUUCAGCGUUCCUGGUGGCACAGAUCAGGAGGGGUGGCAGUAUGCCAGUGACUUCCCUGCCUCAUACCACGGGUACAAAACCAUGAAGGAUUUUGUCAGGAGGAGGUGCUGGGCCAGAAAAUGCAAGCUGGUGACCAAUGGACCCUGGCUGGAGGUGGCCCCCAUCGCCCUUGGGGACGUGUCCAUCAUCCCAGAGAGCCCAGAGAGCACAGAUGGUGAUGGCCGCAGUCACAACAUUGCGCUCUGGGCCGUUAGUGACAAAGGCGAUGUACUCUGCCGCCUGGGUGUGUCUGAGCUGAACCCUGUGGGCUCCUCCUGGCUGCACAUCGGCACUGAUCAGCCCUUUGCCUCAGUCUCCAUUGGGGCCUGCUACCAGGUGUGGGCUGUGGCUAGGGACGGCUCUGCGUUCUACCGGGGCUCUGUGUCCCCCUCCCAGCCAGCUGGUGACUGCUGGUACCACAUCCCAUCACCUCCCAAGCAGAGGUUGGUGCAGGUGUCCGUGGGUCAGACGUCUGUGUAUGCCCUGGAUGAAAAUGGGAACCUGUGGUACCGUGCGGGAGUCACGCCCAGCUACCCACAGGGCUCCAGCUGGGAACAUGUGUCCAACAAUGUACGCAAAGUGUCAGUGGGGCCCCUGGACCAGGUCUGGGUCAUCGCCAAUAAAGUCCAGGGGACCCAUGGCCUGAGCCGGGGGACUGUGUGUCGUCGCACUGGCGUGCAGCCCCGAGAACCCAAAGGGCAGGGCUGGGACUACGGUAUUGGGGGAGGCUGGGACCACAUCUCUAUCCGAGCCAAUGCCACUAGGGCCUCCCGGAAUGUGUCCCAGGAGCAGAAGGUCCCUGGCCCUGUCAGCUGCUGAGGCCACCAAUCUCUCAGAGGCGGGGGUGGCGCCAGAUUUGAAGGAUCCUGGCCGAGCCAAUCUGUGCUAACAUGCACACCGUGGAGGCUUUUGCAAAGGCCGACUCAGGGGAAGUCUGGCCCGGGUUGCGGCCAACUUCAGAAGCACUGGCUGAAAUGCCCAGAAAUGUGAAGCUGUGUGGACAUGCCCAUCUGUAUCUCCAGUCUUUGAGAAAUGCUAGAGAGAGGGGUGGGGGACAGGGACCCUCAGCCACAUCCCAUCCCACCGUCACUUCCCACUCUGCCUUCUGCCUCCCUAAGCUGGAACCUAGAACCCCACACCCUCCAGCCCAGCCCUCCAAAUCACAUCUGGGCCCUAUCCCAUCAGGGGAAUUGCCAUGAGGCCUGGGUCACAUGUCACAUGCGUGAUCAUUCCUCAGCAUAGGACUUGCAGUGGGAAAGAUACUUUCCAUGUUCAGCAGAGUGAGCAGAUUAUAAGUGGAUGUACGAGUGGGUGGUUUGGGGUCCCCAAGAGUAGACUGCGAGGUGGAGAUGGUGUUGGUGUGCAGGAUUAUCAUUAGCUCUUCAUCACCUCCCUUCCUGUGGUGCAGUGGGCUGGGCCCUUCUGGUUCACCCAAUCAUGUGGAAUAGUGGCCAGUUGGAGGCUGGUGCCAACCUGGGACUCACAGGUGUGGGGUAGGGAGCAGGAAUGUGCCUGGAAGCAGAGGUGUGGCCAGAGCCCCAAGUAUCUGUGCCUAGGGCAAAACAGAAGGCUUCUUUGCUCCAGGUGGGCCCCCUGCCCAGCCAGACAAGAAGGAAGUGCUUGGCCAGUGGCCCAACUCCCUCAUGCAGUUGUGUGGCAGCCUAUACUUGGUGACAUCUUAAAUUUACUUCCUGUAGCUGGACACCUUGGCCAGGAGGGAGCUAGAGCCAGGGCCAUUUGUCUUCCAGAAUGAGCAACUGGCCACUUGCUGACUUCCUGGGAUCCCCAGGAUGUAAGGGGCAGACCCGCAUUUGCUUCUGAAUCCUCAGUACUGUUAGAGUUUGUCCCCAGAAGCCGGCUCAGCACUGGCUCCCCCUGGGCCCUCUCCCGUGGGCAUUUGAGGGGCCUGGGCUCCAUAGGCAAUGGUUCUUGAGUGGGGCUGGUCCCACCUGGAUGUGGAGCUGUCACAGAGCCUCAAGGGUGGAUCCCCCCACCCCGCCUGUUUACAUUUCCCUGUCAGGUUCCUGAUGGGCAGUGUGGUUUGUCCCCUCACACCUGUGACCUGUAUGUUCUGCCGUUGAGUCUCGCCGUCUGCAGGUGGCUUUCAGGGAACCACCUGGAGGGUGUCACUCUGCCCUGUCUCUGUGGUGACCUCUCCUGAGUGUUUCCCUGCUCAGCAUCACUGAACUCUCUUGAUUCCUCCGAUGCUUUAUUCAAUAAAAACUUACACCACAGUGUA